UUUACAGAAUGUGGCAAACUUUACAGGCAUAACCGUAUUCACACUGGAGAAAAACCUCACAAGUGUGAAGUUUGUGAUAAAAGGUUUAUACAAAGGAACCACCUAAAGAAUCAUGCUAAAACACACACUAAAGAGAAGCCUUACAAGUGUGAAGUUUGUGGUGCAGAGUUUACAAACAGGCUCAAACUUCACCAGCAUAACCUCAUUCAUAUAAAGCCUUACAAGUGUGAAGUUUGUGAUGCAGAAUUUACAGAUAAGCGACAACUUCACACACAUAGCCGUAUUCAUUUAGGAGAAAAACCUUACAAGUGUGAACUUUGUGAUAAAAGGUUUACAAAAAGGAACCACCUAACAAGUCACAAAAGAAUACACACUGGAGAAAAGCCUUUCAAAUGUGAAAUUUGUGGUUUAAGUUUUGCUUAUAGUCGCACUCUUAAGAGUCACCAGAGUUUGCACAGUGGAGAAAAUCCCUACAUAUGUGAAGAUUGUGGUGCAACGUUUCCACAAAUUUGUAAACUUAACAGGCAUAAAGAGAUUCAUACAGAUGAAAAACGUUACAAGUGUGAAGUUUGUGAUAAAAGGUUUACUCUAAGGAGCUCCCUACAUGGUCACAAAAAAACACAUACUGGAGAAAAGCCUUACAUGUGUGAAGUUUGUGGCGCAAAGUUUGUGGUAAGUCGCAAACUUGACAUUCAUAGACGCAUUCAUACAGGUGAAAAGCCUUACAAGUGUGAAGUUUGUGAUAAAAGGUUUGCACAAAGUGGCUCCCUAAAGUCUCACAAAAGAACACACACUGGCGAAAAACCUUACCAGUGUGAAGUUUGCGGUAAAAGGUUUUCACAGCAUGGCAGCCGAAACAUUCACAAAAUGAUGCACACUGGAGAAAAGCCUUUCAAGUGUGAAGUUUGUGGUUCAAGGUUUACAACUAUUGGCAGUUUAAAAACUCACAAAACAAUACACACUGGAGAAAAGCAUUUCAAGUGUGAAGUUUGUGGUUCAAAGUUUUCAACUAGUAGCAGUUUAAGGUCUCACAAAAGAAGACAUACUGGAGAGAAACCUUACCAAUGUGGAGUUUGCAGUAAAUGGUUUGUACGGAAUGGCGACCUGAAUCGUCACAAAAGUAAACACUGCAGAGAAAAAACUUUCAUCUGAGAUCUUGGGGUGUAAGGUGUAUGCAAACAGCGACAGUUUCAGGUUUAAACACAGACCAAAUUGUAUGCAGAAAAAGCGCUUUCUUGUAGUUGUAGUUUCUGGUGCGACGUUCGUGAACACAGUUUGUACUCUAUGACAGCUUGGAAAUCGUAGUUGUAACACAUGGUAGAAAUCUCAGAAAACCUGUAUGGUAUGAUGUGUGUGAAGUUGGUGGUGAAGGGCUCACAGAGGACAACAGUCAACAGAGUCACUUAAUAAAAGUGCAUGCUGGAGAAAAACUUUACUUCAAGAACUUUCGACUUUUUCAUCCUCUUUUGCGAUUAGCACUUUGAGGUCACUUGUAGCAAUAAUGGCUAAAAAUCAUCCGUACCGGUCACCUGGCCCGAGAAGUCCGUUGCAGUCACUCUCCUGGCUGGGUGGCCAGAUGAAGUAUUUUGUACUGCUAGCUGUGUGUCUGCAAGGUGUUAAGUGUCGAAGGGAGAUAUGCAGUUUUCUGUGGUAGGCCCAUCUGAGAUCUGUAGAUGAGGCAAGACUGGCCACAGUUUGUCUCUAGUCUCUUGCCUUUACCAGUCCACCACCACUAGUCAAGACGGCCAUCGGUGCUAUCGCGUUAUAUCGCCAGCCCUCUGUACUGUCUACUUCAUGCUUAUCGUAAGUUAGGCGGUAUAACGAUGUUUGUUUGUAUUUCGAAGUUGUGGUAGCGUCAUCAUACCAAAGGACACUUGUCUCUUGGAUGAAAGGCCUUUUUUUUUACCUUACCUGCCCCCAUCAUUUUAUGCAAGAAAAAUUCUGAAAUUAUGCCAACUGAACCCAAAAA